GGCAACAUACGUCUCCGGAGGCUGGAGACACGCCCCUGUCUACUGAAGAGGAGACCCCUUCGAUGGACAUCUCUCGCCUUCUAUUGGUCGAUUUUCCCGUUGCUCAGGUUCGAACCGCUCCUGAUUGGCUGCCCACCGACUAUCGGCAUUGAAGCAUCUGCGGCUAGCGCUGUGCCAGCUGUCCUCGCGCACUCGGCCAGUGCUGGGCAAAGGAGAGACGCUCCUGCUGAGGAGGAUCUGGGAAUCUGGCAUUAAAAGGGACUGUUGCUGCCGACAUGGGGUCGAUGCGUAUCCUCAUCAAGGGAGGGAAGGUGGUCAAUGAUGACUUUACCCAGGAAGCAGAUGUCUACAUUGAGAACGGCAUCAUUCAGCAGGUGGGAAAGGAGCUGAUGAUACCAGGUGGAGCUAAGGUGAUUGACGCCUCUGGAAAGCUGGUGUUGCCGGGCGGAAUAGACACCAGUGUGCAUCUGCAGGAGACUUUCAUGAAUGCAAGCAUUCAGGAUGACUUCUACAGUGGAACCAAGGCGGCUCUGAUGGGGGGAACCACCAUGGUGAUAGCUCUGGUCCUGCCUGAACAACACUGCUCCCUGCUGGACGCUUAUGAGAACUGCCGAGCUCUGGCCGACGCCAAGGCGUGCUGCGACUACGCUCUGCAUGUCGGGGUGACUUGGUGGGGACCAAAGGUGCAUAACGAGAUGGAGACCCUGGUGAGGGAGCAUGGGGUGAACUCCUUCCAGAUGUUCAUGGCCUACAAAGACAUGAUGAUGCUGAGGGACUCUGAGCUCUACCAGGCGCUGCAGACCUGUAAGGACAUCGGGGCCAUCGCACGCGUCCACGCCGAGAACGGAGAGCUGGUGGCAGAGAGUGCCAAAGAGGCUCUGGAUUUGGGCAUCAGUGGACCGGAGGGUAUUGAGAUCAGUCGACCAGAGGAGCUGGAGUCUGAGGCCACUCACAGAGCUAUCACCAUCGCCAACAGGGCUCGCUGCCCAAUAUACCUGGUGAAUGUGUCCAGCAUGUCUGCUGGAGAUAUGAUUGCUGCUGCUAAGAUGCAAGGUAAGGUGGUCCAUGCAGAGACCACAGUCGCUCACGCGGUGCUGAAUGGGAUGCAGUACUAUCACCAGGACUGGGCUCACGCUGCCGCCCACGUCGUGGUCCCUCCACUCCGCCUCGACCCCAACACACCCGGCUACCUCAUGGGCCUGCUGGGCAAUGACACUCUGAGUGUCGUGGCAUCAGAGCACCGUCCGUUUAGCACCAAGCAGAGAGCUUUGGGCAAGGAGGACUUCACAAAGAUCCCUCAUGGAGUGGCUGGAGUCCAGGACAGGAUGAGUGUCAUCUGGGAGAGGGGAGUGGUUACAGGAAAAAUGGACGAGAAUCGUUUUGUGGCAGUGACGAGCUCUAAUGCUGCAAAGAUCUACAACCUGUACCCACGCAAGGGUCGUAUCAUCCCCGGGGCUGACGCUGAUGUGGUGGUCUGGGACCCAGAUGCAACGAGGACAAUCUCUGUGAGCACUCAGGCGCAGGGCGGAGACUUCAACCUGUACGAGGGGAUGCGCUGCCACGGCGUUCCCCUGGUCACCAUCAGCCGAGGACGUUUGGUGUGCGAGAACAGCGUGUUCAUGUGCGCCGAGGGCUCUGGAAAGUUCUACCCACAGCGGACCUUCCCUGACUACCUCUACAAGAAGAUGGUCCAGAGAGAAAAGGCUCAGGCUUAUAAAGGGGUCGUCAGGGAUCCCUACUCCGGUGAUGUGGCCAAGGUGGCAAACGCCAUGAAGAAGGAGCUCGGUUUGGGCCCCAUAGACGGAGAGACGCCCAGCAAAAGUUUCCAAGGUACUCGCAUGCACCAGGGAGUCCGGGACCUCCAUGAGUCCUCCUUCAGCCUCUCAGGCUCUCAGGUUGACGACCACAUCCCGAAGAGGUCCUCGGCUCGGAUCCUGGCCCCCCCUGGUGGUCGCUCCAGUGGUAUCUGGUAAUCACUGGUGCUGGAGCUUCACCCGUCCAACCCUCCUUGUUUUGUAUAAAUCUGAGCAACCAGGAAAACUGCACUGAUUUUCAACCACAGGACUAAACUUAAGAAGGGAAAAUAAAUUCAAGCGCGUGUCUGUGAUUUGUGAAGAUCCAACUGAUGAUCAAUGAUCCGUCAAAGUGACUUACAAAUCUAAUUUAUGUCUCAAUUAGAGUGACUGACUUGAUUAAUCACACCAGAGUGAAGGGCUACCUGUGAAUUUAAAAUGUUUUGCCGAAUUGAAGCUGAUCAUGCUAACGCCGAUAAAGCCUGCUCAUUUUCACCCUGCUCGUAUCCCGUGCAAACUAAUCAAACUGUGAAAAAUCAAAAUCAGUACAGUUUUUGAUGGUUUCAAAUGAAUUGAUGUCGACUGAAUUAUUUAAAAAUAGGAUUCAGUGAAAUAUCUAUUAUAACCCUGUCACACACACACACAAACAUACAGUACACUGUAGACACCAUAGCUUUAGACUCAUUUGAAGAUGUGUGUGGAUUCUGUUUGUGUUUUAACGCCCACUGUGCUCGCCUUCCUGCCGCAUUGUGGGCUCCUCUAACGGGUUUUAUUUCCAAUGGAUGAACUGUGCUGUGUGGUGGUGAAAUCCAACUGCUUCGAACACUGUGUGAUCUCACAGCUGCACUCUCUACACAGAGUCAGACUCGAUCUUAUCCAUCCUUAGAUUUCCACUGUCUCUGACUGAAACAACACUCACAUAUCCCAGAAACAUCCCUGCUUCACCUGCGAUGUAGCAGGCUCUAUAGACUGAGUUACAGAAGCAUACUAGUCUGUGGGCUGACCGGGGACUAUGACUGUGGUCCCAGUGCUGAACCCACAACAGCUAAAUGUAGGCGCUUCUGUCAUGAAAAUGUGGUGUCAAAGUGCUAGAAGACUGAAGAGAGAAGUCAGAUCAGUUUUUUAAAGGCAGGAGGAAGAGAUCGUGAUUUAAUGAUCACUUAAGGAAUAACAAAAUGGAAACGCUUUCUGUGACUUUGCUACUGACAAUACGGAACAUUAGAAUAAUGCUUGAUGUAAUUUAUAUCAAUAAAGGUGAAUGCAGUGCCUUCUCAUUCACUGGAGAGAGCAGAAGCUGUUGGAGCUGCUAAAUUGUUGUGUGGGAGUUGCUCAUAGGCAUUUAAUUCAAUUCAAAUUAGCAUAAACAAGCUCAUUUACAUAAAGAAAAAAUGAUAUAUCAUCAAUAGCAGCUCAAUAAAAUGUUAAACUGUCUUUCAGCUCAUUAUUAUGGUUUUACUGCCCACAACUUUGGUGUUUUGGUUCACUCUCUGUGCUUUCAACAGCCCCGUUUCCAGCAAUAAAGCUCACACAAUAAAUGAUAAACACCCAUUGUACUCUGCCCUUCUGCCCCGGCAGACAACACGAGCAGCUGGCUCAUGAAACAUAUUAGCUAAAGAGCCAGGAUUUGACAGUGAAUAUGCUGUAUGAGAGUGCGGCAACACCACUUUAACAAGUAGCACAUUUGAUGAGGACCAAAGUGUGCACACAGGGCCCAGAAAGAAACUGAAAGCAAUUAUAUCGUGUUGCUCAAUUUCAGUAGCAUCUCACAGGCUGCAUUUUGAAAGCAAAUUUCCUAUUGGAGAAUAAAAUGGGAUUGCUAUGAGAGAAGUGUGUCUCCACAGAGCAGGAAGAUUGAGCUGCACAGGCUGAUGAAAACCACUGACCCACUCGACUUCCUGAUGACGUCUCAAUCCUGCCUAGCAGUAUUAUAUUUAUACAUCAUCCCGUUUUCUUGUCUGUGAACUAUAUAUUUAGGAUGUCUGCUUUGUAUUUUUUUUUCGUUGAAAGAAUAAAUGUGCCAAUGUGAAUCACUCGUGCCACACCCACUCCAUGCAUGAAGAGCACCACAUGAAGACGAAGGAGUGAAAUAUUAUCUCCUGAACGCCACAGGUUCACAACAACUGGUGCUGAUUUUUUUACAAUUACCUACAAUGGCGUUAUUUUAUUGUUGAUGGUUUUGUCUUGAAGGCACUGUGACUGGUCAGUGGCUGUGUGUGUGUUUGUAGAUUCUUGUCGUGUUGGACAGUGAACCUAUUGAAUCUGUAUGUUGCUGCUUGUUUCUUACCACAAAAGUAACGGCAAAAGAAUAAAGUGAGAAAAAUAA